AUGGACGCAUUGACGCGACACAUUCAAGGGGAGGUGCCUUGGUGUAUAUUAUUUGCGGAUGACAUAGUUCUGAUUGAUGAGACGCGUGGUGGUGUUAACGAAGUGGACGGGGAUGUGAGGCUUGAUACGCAAGUUAUUCCUAGGAGAGAGAAUUUUAAGUACCUUGGGUCUGUGAUUCAGAGUGAUGGGGAGAUAGAUGAGGAUGUUACACAUCGUAUCGGAGCAAGGCGGAUGAAGUGGAGGCUCGCUUCCGGUGUCUUGUGCGAUAAGAAUGUGCCGUUGAGACUUAAAGGGAAGUUCUACAAGAUAGUGGUUAGACCGACUAUGUUGUAUGAGGCAGAGUACUGGCCAGUUAAGAACUCCCAUGUCCAGCAGAUGAAAGUAACGGAGAUGAGGAUGUUGAGAUGGAUGUGA